AUGGAGGCUUUACAUGUUAUGAUGGAAAGGGCAAAAACAACGGGUACUUUCAUGGGUGUGAAAUUACCUGGGGAUGGGUUGACUCUAACGCAUAUGUUUUUUGCCGACGACUCAAUUUUUGUUGGGGAUUGGGAAGAAAAUAACUUGAAAAACUUAAAAAGAAUCCUAAGAUGUUAUUAUCUAGUCUCGGGUUUAAAAGUAAAUCCAAGGAAAAGUCAACUUCUUGGCGUAGGAGUGGAUGAGGAAGAGGUAUCCGACUUAGCAAAGGUUUUUAAUUGCAAAGCUGGGAAUUUUCCUUUAACUUAUUUGGGGUUAAAGGUCGGUGCCAAUAUGAACCGUAUCAUAUAUUGGAAGGAAGUUAUCGACACUCUUAAUAAGAGGUUAUCGAAUUGGAAAGCAAGGCUUUUAUCUUUUGCGGGGCGUGUGGUUCUUGUAAAAUUUGUCCUAGGUAGUUUACCUAACUACUACCUAUCUUUGUACAAGUGUCCAAUCGCUGUUGUAAAAGUACUAGAAGGCAUUCGGAGAAAGUUUCUAUGGGGGGUUGUAGCUCAAACAAAAAGAUGA